AUGAGUUACAAGAACAACUAUGAGCUUUACUCUCGAGGAAGCAUCGAUAGCAGACGGUCACCUCCGCCAGAUGAGCUUCUCUCACCGUUGGCAACGCUCUACCCGCAUGUCGCGGCCCUGCAGCCACAGUAUAAUCCCAGCAAUUGCACCUUCACCGGUUAUCGUGACACGGGAUAUUGGGCUGCGGCCUACACAACACAAACUAUGGAUGAUUCCUCCAUGUCUAUGCGUCGCAUUGAUGGCCGACCAUGCCGAUUUGUUUCUAAACUACGCCGACUCCUCAGCCGAGACGAUUUGAAACAUCGUCGAGGAUCUCGGGCGACUGCUCGAACUGCUCGAACUGCAUGA